GCCGCGCCGCGCCGCCGCGGAGGAUGCGGCGGAGCCGGGGGCCGCGGCUGGCGCUGGCCGCCGGCCUCGGCUCGUUCCUGCUGGCCGUCUUCUACUUCCAGAGCAGCCUCAACCCAGCUGCAGAAGAUGGGGUUAUGAGAUCCACCUGGCAGGGGAAGGCUGGACGCAGCCCGCUCCAGGCCCUGUAUGAGAGUGACCAGUUUGAGCAAUCGUCACUGCAGGCAGUUCAUCAGCAGAGACGGGAGCUGUUGAGCAACAUCUGCAACCGUUACACCCGCAAACGGCGUCUUCUGCGGCCAGAUGACUUGCGGCACUUGGUAGUGGAUGAUACACACGGGCUGCUCUACUGCUACGUGCCCAAAGUGGCCUGCACUAACUGGAAGCGGGUGAUGAUGGUCCUGACGGGGCAAGGCAAGUACCAAGACCCACUGGAAAUCCCCGCCAACGAGGCCCACGUCUCAUCCAACCUGCGCACCCUCUCUGAGUACAGCAUCCCCGAGAUCAACCACCGCCUGCGCAGCUACCUCAAGUUCAUCUUUGUGCGGGAGCCCUUUGAGCGCCUGGUCUCGGCGUACCGCAACAAGUUCACCCGCAGCUACAACACGGCCUUCCACAAGCGCUACGGGACCAAGAUCAUCCGGCGGCACCGGCAGGAGCCCAGUGACAAGGCCCUGGAGCGUGGGGACGACGUGCGCUUUGAGGAGUUUGUCUACUACCUGCUGGAUCCACGGACGCAGCGGGAGGAGCCCUUCAAUGAGCACUGGGAGCGGGUGCACUCGCUCUGCCACCCCUGCAUUGUCCACUAUGACGUGGUGGGCAAGUACGAGACGUUGGCUGAAGAUGCCAACUACAUCCUCCAGCUGGUUGGGGCCGACACGAGCGUCAAGUUUCCAUCUUCAUCCAAGACCACCAGGACAACAGAUGACAUGACGGCCCAGUUCUUCCAGGACAUUAGCCCUUUCUACCAAAGGAGACUCUUUAAUUUAUACAAAAUGGACUACUUACUCUUCAAUUACUCCAUCCCCUCAUACCUCCGCAUCCGAUGAAGCAGGGGCUGGGGGGAGAGGUGAGAGAGAGCUGGGUAACUCUCAUCUUGCCACAAUUCCUCUCCUCCCACCCUGUGCUCAUCUCUUGGUUGACUUCUCCCCCAUGCCCUCUCUGUUAUAGUCUGUUCCACAUCCUGAUACCUCAUUCAUGCAUGGUCUGGAGGGAGGACCCCUCUCAAAACACUGGGGCUGGAGCUUUUCCUUCCCUUCCCACCCUUCAACAUCUACAGAGGAUGGUGGUGGUGGAAGUGAACACUGAUGGCUUACCUUGGAUGAGGACUUCCUUUUAACUAAGAGACUCCUCUGUAGAUCCAAGUCUUGGGAAGACUCCUUUUUUGGGCAGGAUCCCUUCAGGUCUUUCUCCUCCUUACUGGGCUGUUUGGGGUGGACUUGACAUCCUGGGGGCAGGGUGGAGUGUGUCAGAGAUUUGCAUAGAACCAGAAAUAAAGCAAUAAUUUAAUGUAA